AUGGCACCAACCGCGUGUGUUUCCCCUGCUGAAUUAUGCACCAUCAAAAACGACCUUCGUCGUGAUCACUCCGCCCUCGUCAAUCAUGGCGGGGAUGAUGUGUUGCAAUCUCAGUUGACUGCCAAGGAUCUUGUCCUACAAAUCUUGAAGAAGAGGGCCGCCGAGGUGGAUGUGGACAAUUGCGACCCUGGAGAGGAGGAUGCGUUUUAUGUGGCGGAUAUGGGGGGAGGUCUACCGCCAGCAUAUGCGCUGGAAGAUGAAUUUGGGCCGUCUGUCAAGUGCAACCCGGAUCCCGAGGUGCUUCGUCUCAUGGCCCAGUUGGGCAAUGGAUUCGACUGCGCUUCCAAGUCGGAGAUUGAUCUCGCCCUCCAGACGGGCAUCGAUCCCAGCCGAAUUAUCUACGCCCAGCCCUGCAAGACUAAGUCUUACCUGCGUUAUGCCAAGGAGGUUGGCGUGAAGCAGAUGACCUUUGACAAUGCCGACGAGCUGUACAAGAUCAAGGCCACGUUCCCCGAGGCCGAGCUGUACCUCCGUAUUCUGACCGAUGACUCCACCAGCUUGUGCCGUCUGAGCAUGAAGUUCGGUGCAUCCAUGGAUAUCGCCCCCCAGCUGCUCGAGCUGGCCCACCAACUCGAACUCAAGGUCGUCGGCGUUAGCUUCCACGUCGGAUCCGGUGCCGAGGAUCCGCGUGCUUUCCUCAAAGCUGUCGAGGAUGCCCGCCUGGUUUUUGACCAAGCCUCCGACAUCGGCCACGAGAUGCACACCUUGGACGUGGGCGGUGGCUUCAGCGGUGACACCUUCGAGAAGUUCUCUGGUAUCCUGAGCGACGCUCUGGAAACGUACUUCCCGCCGAACAUUCGGAUCAUUGCGGAGCCUGGUCGUUACUAUGUCGCGAAUGCCUUCACCUUGGCCGCCAAUGUCAUCGCCCGUCGUGAUGUUCCUGACCCCGCGGACCCUUCACGCGACGCCUACAUGCUCUACCUGAACGACGGUGUGUACGGCAACUUCUCGAACAUCAUCUUCGACCACCAGCACCCGGUUGCUCAGGUCCUCUUGUCCGCGAACAACGCCUCUCCGAGUUCUGCGACUUCGGAGACCAUCGCGUACUCCAUCUGGGGCCCCACCUGCGACGGCAUCGAUGUCAUCACCGAGCGCAUUGAUCUGCCCGGUCUACUGAACACCGGCGAUUGGCUGUAUUUCGAGGAGAUGGGUGCUUACACCAAGUGCAGUGCCACUCGCUUCAAUGGAUUCUCCGACAACCACGAGGUGAUCUACAUCUCGAGCGAGCCUGGUGCCUCAGCGCUUCUCGACUACUAA